AGUGGCGCUUGGAGUGCACACGGAACAGUAAAUGUAACUGUAAAAAGAAAAACUUCCCUUCCGUCAUUGCACAACACCUACCAACGGGAACGUGACAAAUGAAGCAGAAUUUCACUGUGUUUGAUGAUAACAAUUGGCCUAGUAUCGGCUUAUAAGAAGAGAAUUCGCCACAGCGUUCAUGCCAAUCAAGAUUACGGUCACAACACAGAAUGAGACUGAGCUGGAGAGUUCUUUUAAAUUUAAGCUUGCUGGCACUGUGCCAAGCGGCCUCAGUGGAGGAGAUACAGCUGAAGAAUAUUGAUAUAUUGACAGAUAGCUUCCACAAGGGAUGGAAGGAGUUUUGCGAUGCCCCAGUCGACGAGGGUGUGAUGUCCCUUUACAAUGGCAUUAAUCCCAGCGAUACCAGCAUCCACUUGCUGACCAUAAACAAUCAAAGUGUGGAACUGCCCAUUCGAGCCCUCUCUGAGAUUAGGGACUUUGACAUAAAUCCCCAGCGCAAGACCCUCUUGUAUGUCAAUGGUUUCUAUACAGCCGACAGUUACUUUAGCGUCCAAGCCCAUUUGCACAUGAUGCAGGCCCGCCGCAGGGAUCUCAAUGUCAUAGUGGUGAACUUUGCCAAGGAUAUACAGCAACUCUACUAUGCCUUGAGACAUCAUUUGACCUUGCAUGGGUAUUUCAUAGCGAAAAUUCUUUCGGUGUUGGUGGAAAACGGUGUCGAUCCGGAAGAUAUUACGCUGGCGGGUCAUUCCGUGGGAGCCAAUGCUGCCGCCUUGGGCGCCUCACUUUAUACUGCGGAAUAUUGGCAUAGUCAUCGCAAGAUUUCUUUGAUAGACCAACUCAUUGCCAUCGAUCCUGCUUCUCACAUAUGUGACACCAGCGAUUUGUUUGUGCGCAAUAAUGUCACCUCCCGCGUGGUGGUGAUACACGGUGAGGGUAAUAUUUUCGGCGUAAGAGAACCCUUGGGUACCAUUGACAUAUACCCCAAUGGCGUUGGCUUCUAUCCCAAGCGAAAACUGCAGCCUGGCUGUGAAAGUUGGACCUGCAGUCAUAUGUACCCCUUCCUCUUGUUCAUGGAGGCCUUGGUGGAGGGUGUUUCCAUACCCUCAGUUCGUUGUGAGAACUGGAUGCAGUUUAAGGAUGGUCUAUGCAACUAUCAGGACAUUGUGGAAAUCGGCAUAACCUAUCCAGCUGCAGCGAAAGGUUUAUACUUUUGUGUCACACAACCACAUCCGCCGUUUACCCUGCAUGAGAAUGGUUUUGAGUACAGAAGUCGGAAUAGCAUAUUCAGGCAAUGAAGCACAGUGGGUGUUAAUAUUAAAACUAUUACUAAUUAAAAUACAAUUUAAUUCGA